GACGUUGUUUGUGGUAUAUUGCCACUCGUAAAGAAUUCGUGAUUGUGAGGCAUUCGUUUAUGUUUCUUGACAAUUGAAAUUAUCUCUUGGUGAAAAUGAUAGCAGAGAGUUCACAGCCGUUGUUACAUAGUUGCAUUUUAGUGGUGAUAGACAACAUGAACAAGUGCGGAAUGUGGGAGCUGAUUAAAGAUUUCCCACCACAUAUAAAGAAUAAAAUAUUGGAUCUGUGUGCUAGAAGAGGACUUGUCUCUGACGAGAACAUACAGAUGUUCCUCUUUAAAAACCUCCAAGUCUUAAAUCUUAGUCAGUGUGAUGCUGUUGGUGAUGAAGGUUUAACAAAUGUGAAAGUUUGUGAUAGUUUGAAGAUGCUGAAUUUGAAUGCUGAAAAGUGUCCCAGACAUCGAGUUACUUCUAAAGGACUCUCAGAAGUUUUCAAGUCCUGCACCCAUCUUUAUUCAGUUGAAAUUAGAGGAUGUGUUUCUGUCACUGAUGAAGCUAUAGAACAUCUUGCAAAAUAUUGCAGUAAACUUAGUAUCUUAAACAUCCGAGAUUGCACUGGUCUAACAGACAAGAGUUUAAUGGCUUUAGGAAAUCAUUCCUCAUUUCUAAAGUCUAUUAAUUUUUCCCAGACUGAGAUGACUGAUGAGGGAGUUCUUUGUCUUGCAGUUGGGAUUUGCUCCAACACACUUAAGGAAAUUAUUAUGGAAAAGUGUUUAAGACUGACAAAUGUAGCUGUUGAAGGUGUGAUUGUACACUGUCCAAGUGUAGUAAUUUUUGCAUUUCAUGGUUGCCCACUAAUUGGAGGUCAUUCAGGAGAAAUUAUGCAAGAAAUACUUCAACAAAAGUCCAGAAUUAAACAGCUUUCUUGGACUGUUCAGUGAGUAUGAAAAAACAGAGAAGAUGUAGAUGUUUUGUUUCUGUGAAAAUAUAAAAAAAAGUAAUUUUAAAGUAAAUUAUUAUUUCUUUAGUAGUGGUUAUUUUUGGAUAAGUACAUUAUUUUAAGAACACACGUUAAUAUAAUUUCUAUUUUCUAUAUUUUUUGUAGUUCUCAAAUGUUCACAAAGGAAACAUAACUGAUUGUAAAAAAUAAAAUUUUUGUAACUUAUAAAUUUGCAAUAGUCAGUUAUAUUUUGCACCACAACAGUGUAGAUUAGCAUUUAAUAUAAUCAUUAAUACUAAAAAGCAACACAUUGAAGUUUCAGUGCGACUAUGUACAAUUAUAUAUAUAUGUAAGGUAUAAUAAAUAAAUAAAUCUC